AAGAAUCAGUGAAAAAUACAACACAGGCUAUUGAAUAUAAGAUUCGACUUCAAAGACCCUUAAUUCGUUUCUACAUGUCCGAUCUAAAAUCCAAAAUGUUUAAGCUAAUCGAAACAACAACGGUUCGAAGUUCGUAGCCCGACCUACGGUAACCGAACUUCCAGUAGUAAACUUCCAGACAACAGACAGACUGACAAACUACGAAACGACGAGACACGCAACACAAAGCCAAACUGUAAGAAGGAGGUAUCUCUAACGGAAGAGGAGCGACGACGGUUCACUAAAGUUGUUGGUACUCACGCCGCGGCGGCGGUGUGGUGGGUGGCUAACCAAAUAAGUUUUUAUCGUUAUUCUCACCCCUGCUGGCUCGGUAUUGCCUCUCUGAUAUAUAAAUACAAUGAGGCUCGGUUGCAGAUAGAUCACUGCGAGUUUGGAUUUCACGAUACGACGGACGGGGCUGUGUUCCGUUUUGCGCUCUGGAAUAACGGGAAUCUGAACAACAGAACGGCUAAUCAAGUGCGUGCUAAUCGGAGAGGUGUAAAUCUGACCAAACAGCGUUCGGCAACUGCUGCACCGCCAUCAUGCGACACUUCUGGUUGCUGGGCCUGGUAGCCCUGGUGCUGCUGGUGUCCUUCGCUGAGGCCAACAAGAAAGAGGAAGCCUUCGAGGAGAGCGGUGGCAGCGAACAGGGCGAUGAGCAUCACGAAAAGAAGGGCGAGAAAGGUGAUAAAGGUUACAAAUCCAAGCACGGUAUGGAGAAGAAGGAAAAGGGUGAUCACGCGAAAGAGGAACACGAGUCACACUUUGGCGAGGAGGGAGGCCACAAGAAGGAAAGCCACGACGAGGGCGACGAGUACAAGAAGCAUCACGAGGAGAAGAAGGGCUCGAAGCAUGGCAAACACGGUCAUAAGAAGGGCCACAAAAAGGGUUCUAAAACGACUGGUUAUCACAAAAAAUCUCACAAGGAUGAUUACCACAAGGAGCACAAGUUUUACGAUGAUCAUCACAAGGAGGGCAAGCACAAGAAGUACGGAGACUUCCACGAGCAUCACUCCAACGAUGCUGGGGAGCACAAGAAGGGCGGUCACCACGAGUCGGCACACAAGGAGGAUCACUUCGAGAAGAAGGGACACUCGGAGAAGGGACACCACGAUGAGGAUCACAAGGGCUGGAAGAAGAAGCAUGGUCAUGAGAGCCAUUAUGCGCACAAGGAUGAUUACGGCAAGAAGGGUGGCAAGAGUGGUGGAAGCGAGCAUGGCUUCAAGAAGGGUGGGGGGCAUCAUUGAGGGCUGUGAUGUAUGUUUUGUGUUGGUGAUGUAGUGAAAUCCACAGCAAGCGAACUAGAUUUCGAUUCGAUUUUAUCAUAAGAAUCUAUAGAAAAAGUAGUCUGUGUAAUGUAUAUUUUUCAGAAAUACAAGAUGUAGUAUACUGUUUCAAAGUAGUGUAUGGAUGACAA